GCUAAAUCAAGGGUACAGUUAGGCACACAGGCACCUAAGGCAGGGGAUCGGGAGGAGGAGGUGUGUGUCUAUAAGAGGCUCUCAGGAAAGCUCAGGCUCACUCCCCUCCCAGGUAUCAUCCAGCAAUGAACAUGUCAGUGUUGACUUUGCAGGAAUAUGAAUUCGAGAAGCAGUUCAAUGAGAAUGCGGCUAUCCAGUGGAUGCAGGAGAACUGGAAGAAAUCCUUUCUAUUUUCAGCAUUGUAUGCUGCCUUUAUAUUUGGCGGCCGGCACCUAAUGAAACAGCGAGAAAAGUUUGAGCUAAGGAAACCCCUUGUCUUGUGGUCCCUCAGCCUUGCAGUUUUUAGUAUAUUUGGUGCUGUCCGGACAGGCGCUUACAUGUUGUACAUUUUGAUGACCAAAGGACUUAAGCAGUCAGUUUGUGACCAGAGUUUCUAUUAUGGACCAGUCAGCAAAUUCUGGGCCUAUGCAUUUGUACUCAGCAAAGCACCAGAGUUGGGAGACACUAUAUUCAUUAUCCUUAGAAAACAGAAGCUCAUCUUUCUUCACUGGUAUCACCAUAUAACAGUAUUACUUUAUUCAUGGUACUCAUACAAGGACAUGGUAGCUGGUGGAGGCUGGUUCAUGACCAUGAACUACGGAGUGCACGCUGUAAUGUAUUCAUACUAUGCCUUGCGUGCCGCUGGCUUUAGGGUAUCACGAAAAUUUGCCAUGUUGAUCACGUUAUCCCAGAUCACUCAAAUGCUCAUUGGCUGUGUGGUGAAUUAUCUGGUCUUCUCAUGGAUGCAGCAAGGACAGUGUCCAUCUCACGUACAAAACAUUGUGUGGUCCUCCAUCAUGUACCUCAGCUACUUUGUGCUCUUCUGCCACUUCUUCUUUGAAGCGUAUAUCACCAAAACCAGGAAAGCUGCCAAGGCUGACUAACCGUGGAACCUAAUGCCAAGUCAUUACCUCAGGGUCAUCAAAAAUGAAAUAAAAUUAAAAAAAAGAAUUGGGAGUAAGCAAAUAAUAUAAAGGCACAAAGAAAACCUUAUCUCAAGCACUUAGAUCCUAGAGACGAAAUAUGUAUAAAGAUCUAUUUAAUUAUUGUCUUAAAAAUGAAGCUGAUCUGUGCAUUCUGCACUACAGGUAUUUCAAGGAACCAUGUGAUGAAUACUGGUCUGUGAUAAGUACAGGUCAUAUAGGAGACAUACUAUGUUUCCCAUCAUAACCUCUGUUGCUACUACUGCCCAAAAAACAAGUUUUUCUGCAUAAAGUGGUAUUUAUUU